GAAUUGAUCUUACUAAUAGACAAAAAAUUACAAAUUAUUCAUGCCAUCAUAUUGCAAUUCAGUUAUUAAAAAAUAAUGGGCUUUCAGAUUCUGAUUUACAAACAUUCUUAGAACAUCAAUUAUGUGAAAGCCUUGCAGAUUAUUGCAAACUUAAUUUAGAAGAAUAUAAUUAUUCUGAAUGUUUUCUUAGAGAAAAUAUUGAUAAUGUAGAACAAACACAAGCAUUUGAAAUUUCUAAAGCACAAGUGACUCUAAUUUCUGAAGCACAAGCAACUCAAACAAUUAAAGUUCUUAUAGCACAAGCAACUGAAAUUUUUAUGGCACAAGCAACUAAAAUUCCUAUAGCAUAUAUAAUUGAAGUUUCUACAGCACAAUUUACAACACAAGCAACUAAAGUUCCUAUAGCAAUUUCAAAUCAAAAUAUGGUUAGAACUUCAAAACUUUUUAAAUUAAAGUCUUGUAAUCAAUCAAACUUACUCUUAUUCUUCUAUGAUAACACCAUUUAA